CGUCAUUUCCAAUUUUCCAUCCCACACUCUUGACUAGACAACCAAGCUUUUCUGUUGUUGCUACGAGAGCAACAUAAACUUCCCCAACUACCGCAGCUAGCUUAGCUAGGUACAGUCACAUGAGUUCGAAACAAAAAUUGUCAGGGGCUUACAACAAUGACACGUAUCUACUUUUUUACAUGCUGCAGAUCAGUAAACUACUGAUCUCAUGAUGUACAUCCUAUGUUCGGCAAAUAAUAAAUACCCAGAUCGCAUCUCAACGUACAGCAGCAACGAGUUGUAUCAUGUAUGUAUAAUAUUAUUAUAUGUGCAUGAUUUGGUCCCGCCCUGCUGCCGAUCGUCCACCAAGCAAAGCAAAGCAGCAAUGCUACGACGGUUGAGGAGAGAAAUUAUUGAAGGCAAAGUACAUGCAGUUAGGUGCGGGCAGAUCGAGAAAUAAAUGAAACAUUUAAUGGCCGGAGAGAUGAUCAGUUAGGUAGCUAGGCCGGCGAAAGGCCAAAGGCUGUGAAACGAUUGAUGUUCGAUUAAACACAUCGUCGGAUCAUCAUCAUCGUCAUCAACAUCAUCGUUUAAAAAGGGCAUCAGCAGCAGCAGCCAGCAGCUAGCAAGCCAAUUGAUUAAUCUCGUUGAAGAUUGACAACUGGCUUUUGGGUGAGAGGCUGAGUUUGUCGUAUAUCAUUAUUAUCAAAUCAUGAUUUUUGAAAUCAUAAUAUCUUUUUUGAGACCAAAAUAUAUAGAGAGAGGAAGUAAAAUGACAUAUUUCCGUGGAAUAAUUACAUGCAUACAUAAAGUUUUUUGAGAUAUAAAGUAAAAUUUAACGUCGAUGUUACUUUUAGAUUUUUGUUUAGAUAUUCUUUAUAAAAAAAAGAAUAAAUACAAUUUAAUAUCCAAACUUUUCAUUUUAAACAAUAUAAUAGCCAAACCUUUUUCGAAAACAAUCUAAUAUCCAAAUCAUCAACUUUUCGUUCGUUUGACCGUUAGUUGACACUUCAAAAAAGCUUUGUUUAGGGGAAAUUGUCACAAUACAACUUUGUUUCUUGUUUUGGCAUUGCGGAUGACUGAAUAUUUAGAUAUUCUAUACCAUCGUGGUGGAGUCAUGGACUUCUCGGGUUUGGAACUACGAUAUGUUGGUGGUUCUUCAGAGAGGAUAUCGAUGGAUAUUGAUGAAGUGUCGUACUUCGAACUUUUUUGAAGUGUCAGCUAACGGUCAAACAGACAGAAAGUUAACGAUUUGGAUAUUAGAUUGUUUUCAAAAAGGUUUGGCUAUUAUACUGUUUAAAAUAAAAGGUUUGGAUAUUAAAUUGUAUUUACCCUUAUAAAUAUGAGGGAAAUGAGUAAAAAAAACAAUAUAUAUAUAUAUGGAUGACAAAAGUAUUGAAACUGGUGAGUCUAAAUCAGCGGCAGAUCCAGAACAGGUUAGAGUACUGGGCCGCAUUUAAAAAGCGAAGGAGAGGGCUGGGGGCCGUAACCCAAUAAGCACUAAAAUAUAUACCCAAAAUAAAAAAUAUUUACAAGUACUAUACGAGUUUUGGAUCCGGGGAGGACUGGGCCGUGGCCCGGGGCGGCCCCCUAGAUCCGCCGCUUGUCUAAAUCAAACUUUAUUCGGUGCGGAUACUUAAAAUCUACCCCGAAAAUAAUAUUGGUUAGAUGUUUUUCGAGAAAUUUGAUUCAAUUUCGGUUUGAACACCUAUUGUUAUUUUGCAAAUAUUGAAUUAUAAAAUCAAAAGAGGUCUGUAUAAUAAAUAGCAAGCUAAAUGUCUGUAUAAUAAAAUUAAAGCAAAAAGAAGCACCCCACAAGAAGUGCGCAAUAUUCCCAACAAGAAAAGAAAUGGCCCAACUAGGUUUGUGGGGUAUAAUAUAAUGAAAAUGAUAAUCUCGUCCUUAUUUUAAAACUAAUAUUUUCCUAAAGUUGUUUUUUUAAUUAAAUAAAAUUAUUUAUUAGAUCUCUAUUUUUCGGUAUUUAUCAUGAUAUCAUUUUCAAUCCUUACUGUAACUAAUUCAUCAAACUCUCUUGUAUCUUUUAUUUUAACACGAAUUGGACUUUCAACGCAGAAUUUUAACAAUCAUUAUACAUGCUUCAUGUAUGCAUAUAUUCAUGAGAAUACAUCAGUGACUAGCGCAAUCAAUUAAAGUAAAUCCACCUUUCUACUCACAAUCAAUUAAUCAUAUAUCACAAGUAGGGGUGGGCACGUGGGUAGUUAAUCCGCGGAUUGAUAUCGAUCCACCCGCAAAUAACCCGACCCGCAAGUAAUGGGUGGUUGAUGUGGGUGGAUUGCGGAUUGAUAAAUCUCCCAGCCGCACUAAUGUGGGUGGGUGGUGGGUGGAUUGAAGGUCACCCGAAUGACCCGCACCCUACUUUCACAUGACAAAAAUGUUGUUUUUAGUACUAUCGAAAAUACGUGAUAUUUUUUUAACCGCACUACACACUGAGCAUCUACUUCUAAAGGUGAAGAAUAAAGAAUAGUUUCGACUACUAUUAUUAGUUAUUAUGUUAUCUAUUCCCUAUGUUUGGCCCGGGUUUUAGAAGUGCUUUUCGGGUUCAAAAGCUGAAGCAGGGCCAAACACCUGUAAAAACUCGGCUUUGAAAAGCUGAAAAGCGCUUUUGUAUAACAUAAAAGCAGAAGCUCCGAUUUGGAGCUUCUGCGAAAAGCUGUUUUGAAAAUACAAGAUUAUCCUUACCAUAUUUUAAUUUUAUUUCAGAAAAUAUAAUUUUCCUUUAUUUUGAAAAUAAAAUAAAUUAUAAAAUCAUAUUAUCUAAUAUAAAAGAAAUCUAACAAGAUCCAUUUUGACUACUUUUUAUUGUUUAGAAUUUUUAUUCAUAUUUUAUAUUACAAGUCAUUUAUAGUCAUUUUACACAACCUCUUAUAUUAAAAAACACUUCUAAUAGUUUUACAGCCAAACACUCAACUGCUUUUUUUUAAAAGUAUUUAUCUAAAAGCUCCAGCCAGAAGCUGCUUCUACAAAAGUUACAGCAGGACCAAACUAAACUAAUAUCUAUUAGAUAUUGAAUAUUGAGAUACAAAUUAUUGUCAUAUUCCUAAAAUAUUGGGAUGCAAACUAUAAAGUAUUAAUUUUAGCAAAUCUCAAAAAGCGUAAGUUUUCUCUAUACAAUAGGUUGAUAGAGUAAUGGAAAUUUUGAUGCAAUACUAAAUGGAUUAAUAGGAGACAGAGUGGGAAGUGUCUCAGUUGAUAGUCUCACUAAUUUGCUACGAACUUAUUUUAUUGUUAAAAUAAAAUAAUCUAUUAAUUCUUUAAUAUUGGUAUUCUCUUUGAGAUCAUUUUCAAUUCUUAUCAUAGCUAAUUCAUCAGUCUUUUUUUUGUGUCUUAUUUUUUUUAUAACACCAAUUGGACUUUCCGCACAUGAAUAAGACUUUAACAAUCAUCAUACAUAACUCACAAUCAAUAUAAUUAAUCAUACACUAAAAGUACAAUAACCUUUAUUAUAUACGAUUUGGAAGGUGGAGGCCCUCCUAAAUAUUCAGAGGACAUGUGCCCGAGAGGGCCUCCCAGCAGCAGAGUCCUAGUACGAGGUUCGUUGUGCAACAAUUUGGUCCAUACUGGGGCCGCAACUGACCGCACACUGAAACCUGAAUCGAAUCGUAUCGAGCUUAAUAUAAUGCGAUCUGGUCUCUCGAGUCCCGUGAAUUUUAUAGAUGCUGGAAAAAAACGGACCACGUUAACAUUUAACUCCGACCAAACCAAACCAAACCGCGAAUCGAAACACAAUAUUAAUCCGAUCCUCAAUUCCGAAAUAAUUAAUCUCUCACCAUUAAAUCGCGCCGCUCAUAAAUUCGAGCCGAUCUGUAUACCGCACCGAACCAUUGCACACUCCCUAGUCCCUACCCAACCCACCCCCCCAACCAAUAGCCGCCCCCAGUGGCAGUGCCAACUGCCAAGCCAGCCCCGCGCGUGGUUAUGUGUGGCCUUUCUCUUUGCGAGGCCGCUGCUUUUCCUCACCAAUACUUAAUAUUCUUCUUCUUCUUCUCUAUAUAUCAUUAUCUCGUACGUGUAAGGUUUUUUUUUUUUUGCAGUAGAGAAGAGAGAGAGAGAGAGAGGCAGCAGAGAAGACGGAUGGCUACCACGCCUGGAUUCCUCACUGACUGGCCUUGGAAGCCACUCGGCUGCUUUAAGCACGUGAUACUGGCACCGUGGGCGAUCCCGAAGACGUACGAGUUCAUAACGGGGAACGGUGGUGGAGAGAGGGAUCUCUCCACCUUCCUCAUCUUCCCGUUCCUCGUAUGGAGAAUGAUCCACAACCAGUUGUGGAUCAGCUUCUCCCGCUACCGCACCGCCAAGGGCACCACCCGCAUCGUCGACAAAGGGAUCGAGUUUGACCAGGUUGACCGCGAGGCCGGAUGGGAUGACCAGAUCGUGUUCAACGGCCUGCUGUUCUACAUCGGCGCGAUGUCGCUGACCGGCGCGACGCACCUGCCGCUGUGGAGGCUGGACGGCGUGGUGAUCACCGUGCUUCUGCACGCCGGCCCCGUGGAGUUUCUGUACUACUGGCUGCACAGAGCGCUGCACCACCACUUCCUCUAUUCUCGCUACCACUCGCACCACCACUCCUCCAUCGCCACCGAGCCAAUCACCUCCGUGAUCCACCCAUUCGCGGAGCACAUCGCCUACUUCGCCCUCUUCGCCAUCCCAAUGCUGACGACGAUCCUGACGGGAACCGCGUCCAUCAUCUCCUUCGCCGGCUACAUCACCUACAUCGACCUCAUGAACAACAUGGGCCACUGCAACUUCGAGCUCGUCCCGGCUUCCCUCUUCUCCGUCUUCCCGCCGCUCAAGCUCCUCCUCUACACCCCGUCCUACCACUCCCUCCACCACACCCAGUUCCGCACCAACUACUCCCUCUUCAUGCCGCUCUACGACCACCUCUACGCCACCGUCGACCGCUCCACCGACGACCUCCACGAGAAGUCGCUCAGCCGGGGCGACGAGUCCCCCGACGUCGUCCACCUCACCCACCUCACCACUCCCGAGUCCGUCUACCGCCUCCGCCUCGGCUUCGCCUACCUUGCCGCCUCUCCCUCCGCCGACGACGGCCGACUCCGGCUGCUGCACCGGUUGCUCUGGCCCGUCACGCUCUGGACCAUGGCCCUGACGUGGCUCUAUGGGCGGGCCGCUUUUGUGCUGGAGAGGCACCGGUUCGGUGACGUCAGGCUCCAGACCUGGGCCCUUCCCAAGUACAAGAUCCAGUACGCGAUGCAGUGGCAGAAAGAGGCGAUCAAUUCGCUGAUAGAGGACGCGAUUGUGGAGGCUGAGGGGAAAGGCGUCAAGGUGUUGACUUUGGGGCUAUUGAAUCAGGGGGAGGAAUUGAAUGGGUACGGGGAGAUUUACGUGAGGAAGAAUCCGGGGCUGAGAACUAAGCUGGUGGACGGCAGCAGCCUGGCUGUGGCUGUUGUCCUAAACUCCAUCCCCAAAGGCACAACACAGGUCGCCAUUAGGGGCACCCCUGCCCUCUUUAAGGUUGCUUCUGCUCUUGCACAGUCUUUGUGCCAUCGUGGCCUGCAGGUUGUUGUCCCGACAAAGAAAGAAUACGACAGGCUGCGACAGUCUUUCGGCACCACUUCCCACGCUAAUCUCCUUCUCUCCAAAGCUCACUCUACCAAGAUUUGGCUAGUGGGGGAGGGAUUAAGUGAAGAGGAGCAGAGGCAGGCGGGGAAAGGAACGUUGUUCAUUCCUUUCUCCCAGUUCCCACCAAAGAAGUUGCGAGCUGAGGACUGCUUUUACCACACCACGCCGGCACUGACAGCGCCCAAGUCCCUCGAGAACGUGGAUUCUUGCGAGAAUUGGCUGGGAAGAAGAGUGAUGAGUGCAUGGCGGGUAGCGGGGCUGGUUCACGCGUUGGAGAAGUGGGAGGAGCACGAGUGCGGCGACCGGAUGUUGGACGUGGAGAAAGUUUGGGAAGCAGCUCUGCGCCAUGGCUUUCGUCCUCUCCACGCUCCUCCUAAUUCUCCCGUUGUAGCAUAUAAUUAGCCAUACUACGUGUUAUUAUUAUGCUAUAAAUUACGUACACAUUAUAUGGUCAAGCAUUAUGAUGAUGAUGAUUUGGGCGGCUAUCACUUGUUGCACUUCCUGCAAAAUGCCCUUUUUAGUAAUGUAAUCUAUUUAUACAUUGUGUAGUAAUGAUCAAGAACAAUUAUUAUCGAUGUUUAAUAAUAAUACUAAUAAAUUAAUUAUCAUAUUCUUAGAAUGUCUCGUAGAUAGAUUGGUUCCAUAAGGAAUUAGGGAUCGUAAUAAAGGUAUUGUAUUUUG